GCGCGGCGGCAGGUGUGCUCGGGGCUGCAGGUGUGCGGCGCGUGCCCAGCCCGGGCGGACGAUGGCGCUCGAGGCUUGCACCCCGGGCUAGCGCCCCCUGGACCGUGCAGUGCAGCUGGGCGAGCCGACUUCGGCAGCGAUGGGGCUCCUGGGUCCACGGGUGCCGGUCGUGCUGGCGGUGCUGGCGGUGCUGGCUGCAGAACCGGGGGUGGUCGUUGCCUUGGAGGGCAGCGGGAACUCCAGCGAGGGUGUUCUUGAGUUUUCUGUGGGGAAUUUCACGUACUUCCAGCUCAGCAGACCUUUACCCAAAGAAGGCAUUCUGCGGAACAUUUCCAGCAAUGUGACUUUUCUUAUUUUCCAAAUACACUCACAGCAUCAGAACACCACCGUUUCUUUCUCCAAGACACUCCUGCCUGACACCUCGAGAACAGGCACCAGCCAAGGCCUGGUCUUCCUCCUGCACCCGGCGCAAAGUGUGUGUACCUGGCACCUGCGUACCACAGCUGCAGAACCCGUCCAGAGCAUGGCCGUCCCGCUGACCUACUCCGAGAAAGAUCCUGUUCCCGGAGGCUGUAAUUUGGAGUCUGACUUGGAGAUUGAUCCCAACAUUUACCUGGAGUAUAAUUUCUUUGAAACCACUAUCAAAUUCGCCCCAGCAAACCUAGGCUCUGCAAGGAAUGUGGCGCCGCCGCCUUGUGAUGUCAGCACUGGCCGGGAUUCGAGGUGGAGGCUGCAGUAUCGUGUGUACCAGCACUUCCUGCCCGAGAACGACCUGACGCCUGCAGCUCUGCUGCGCCAUCUGCAGGUCAUGGCCCAGGUGCCUCAGGUGCUGGCCAGCGCUGUCCAGGUGGUCACCCUCACUGGUGAUGAUAAGACCAGUGUCUCCUUCUCUUCCAUCCGGGGACAAGGUGUCAUAUAUAAUGUCAUUGUUUGGGACCCACUUCUAAAUACUUCAGCUGCCUAUGUCCCAGCCCACACGUAUGCGUGCAGUUUUGAGACACAAGAAGAUAACUGUGCUUCCCUGAGACGAGCAUCUACCAAAGUUUUCUUCACUCUCUUUGCCCUGCUUGGCACCUUCGUCUGUUUCUUUGGACACCGGUUCUGGAAGACAGAGCUCUUCAUGAUGGGCUUCAUCAUCAUCGGCUUCUUCUUUUAUAUUCUGAUUACAAGACUGACACCAAUGGACUAUGAUGUUCGCCUCAUCCUGACUGCUGUGGCUGGUAGCAUUGGUGGAACCAUCCUGGUGGCCAUGUGGUGGCGGUUUGGCAUCCUUCCACUCUGCAUGCUGUGCGUGGGGCUCGUGCUGGGCUGCUUGGCAGCUGCUGUGGCCUUAUUCACACCACUGGGAAACCUAAAGAUUUUCCGUGAUGACAGUGUGUUCUGGGUGACCUUCUCCUGCAUUGCUGUUCUCAUCCCGGCAUUUUUUGUGGGCUGUCUGCGAAUGCUGAGCAUUGUCACCUGUGGAAUCGUGGGCGCCCACUCGGUGAUCUUGGCAGUGGACAGUUACUUGUAUACCAGCUUUUCAUUCAUCACCUUGAACAUCCUCAAGAGGGCGCUGCACACGGACUUCCGAAGCGCUUUUACCACAGCGCCCUUGCAGACAAAUGACUUCGUCCUGCUGGUUGUGUGGGGAAUGCUGGCCGUGAGUGGUCUCACGCUGCAGAUCCGCAGGGAGCGAGGACGGCCGCACUUCCCGCCCCACCCCUACAAGCUGUGGAAGCAGGAGCAGGAGCGCAGAGUGACCAAUAUCCUGGACCCCAGCCACCACCUGCCCCCUCUCAGAGAGCGGCUCCGCAGCCAUCUGGCCCAUAUCCUGACGUUCUUCCAGCGGGAUCGGUUGAUGGGUGAGAGGACUCCCCUGCUUCUGUAGGGAGGGGCUCUGCACUUGUACCCUAUCUCAGCAGGGUGAGACCAAGAUUGGACACCCUUGGUCCUGGGGACUCAGGAUGCACAGUCAUGGGGGCCGAGAAGCCAAUGGCACAUGGGCCCUUUCUGCUGCCAGGCAUUCCCAGUGUAAAACCCCUUGUCCUGUCAAGUAUGACAGUGGUGUAGCACAGCUAUUGCCCUGACCUGCCCAGCUUCCUCACCAUGACUUUGCCAACAGUGCUCCCUCCAAGACUGGUCUGAAGGUUCUGAUCUGUUUCCCUCUGCUCAGAGGUGCCAGGGGGGUUGUUCCAUGGCCCCUGAACCCCAGCGACAAAGGGAAGAAUCAGCUUCCUUGCUUCCUCUGUCUGAGCAGCAGCUGAGAGCUUGGUCAUGUAGAUUAUCUAGAAGAUAGCCUUUCUUUCUUUUUUUAUUUUUUUUAUUUUUAAUUAUGGUAA